AUGGCUCCGCAUUGUGGUCUCUCAAAGAGCAACAAGGUCAUCUAUGGCCAGGGCCUCCGUCCACAGGCUGUCGCCAGAAAGAAGACCAUACCCAUCAACAGGACUGCAAAGCAGCUGGAGGCAGCAAAGAGUCUCUAUCAGGAGCAGCUGCAAGCCCUGAGCUAUGUGCAGCGGGAGGAGAUCAUGGGGAGCGGAAGUACCGAGGAUGUUGAUAUGCUUGACGCAUACGAGGGCGAGGAGCCGGAUGACUGGGAGGAUACAUAUGACGGCCCGCUCUAUCACACACUGCUGCCGGGUGAGGAGGGCUUGUUGCAUAGCCAUGCGGGUGCAGAGGUGAUUUUCGACACAAUGACCACUGGCAUGCGUCCCAGCUGUGGCGACCCACGUCUUUGGAAUAACCGAGUACAGCAGAUGAUCAACUCAUGGACUCGCCAUAUGCCAAGGCUUGUCAACGCACUAAUGGAGUGGAAGCAAGUGGGAUCAACAGGCAAGGAGAGCAUUGAGGAUAAUGGAGCAUGGCCUCUCUGA